AUGAUGGCUUCCGCUCUUAGCGAUGCGACAAAAUGGUACUUGGCAAUCAAUGAGUCUGAUUGGGUGACGGCUCUGAGCACAUUCAAGAAUGGUCUGAAUGAGCAAAGCAGCUCCAUCACCACACCUCAUAGCUUUCCGGUCGGCCUUUGGCACGAAACACCUGAGAAGGCAAUUGAGGCUCUGAGUGUCUAUUCGGCCCGGCGACUCAAUUUCUCCCCCAGUGGUGACUCCGAAAGCUUGGAGGCCAUCGUUGGUGCCAAGGCUUACGCAAAGCUCCAGUUGCAGGGAACCUUCUACUGUGUGAUCCUCGAACCGACAGAAAAGUUCAUGGAGGAGUUCAUUCCAACAGGUAAGGUGGAACUGGAUGAAGGACGCCUUCGAUGCCGGGUGCCCCCGGUUCUCACAAAGGACACCUCUAUGUUCACCAACAAGGAAGUCAUUCCACUGUUGGACACCAAGUACUGCCAUGUACGGGUGCAAGCGUACAAAUUGCAGACUAGGAUUCUGCCGGCUGAGGGCCACGGUGCUGAGUCGGAUCCUCCCUCCCAUGGCCUUGUGAUUUUCAUUCCAUGGAAGCCAUGGAGAGGGUUGGGGAAUUCGGUCGAUGACCUCAUAUUUGGCAUUGAUCUCUCCUACAGAGACUAUGUGACAAGAAACACAGUGAAAGGGAAGACCCCCCAAGCACACUUCAAUGUUGCGAGAUCGGCCGUGGCAUUCCCCUCUGUGGCUACAGCUGGAGUGUGCUCCUUCUUGAAGACAAGGUCCUUGACAGGGACCGCCUUGGAGAUCACAAUUCCCCUGCAGCUGCUGCCCACGACCUCCCUCACCAUGCAGUUCAUUGGAGAGAGCCUUUUCCCACACUAUCGCCUCUUCUUGGAGGAGCCGAUGCUGGAGUUCAUGCGGGGUUCCGGGAUGCCUGCACUCGUGCAGUACCAGUUGGUCGCGCAGCCACAGGGGGAUGGAACCUCUUGGAAGGAAGCUCUGGAACAUCGGAAGCGAAACCUGCUCCAGGCAAGAGGACGUUUGAUGGAAGAGUUGGAGUCAAAGAAGGCAAGGCUUCGACUCAUCGACGCGGAGAUCCAAGGGGUUGGGGCCCAUGUUGCUGAAGAUGACACAGCUCAUGAGUUCCUGGCCGAGCCUAUGCCAGAAGCUCCAGCAAGUGUGCUGUCAAGCUAUGCUGCGGCAGUUCAAGCCAAGAGUUUCAUGGACCCGGUCCAGACAGCAACGGUGCAUGACAAGGAGGUUCGGUAUGAAACUUCGAUUGGCAUGCUGCGGGACACUCUCGAUGCCAAGUGCCUCAGUGGAGCAGAUGAUCCCAGCACCUGGCUCAACAUGUUUGUGGAUGGCAUGGACAUGGCCAAGUUCUGUGUCACAGAGGCCAUCUCUGAGACAUACUGUCUCAUGGACACGAACAUUGCCGCCACGGCCAACUUGGAUAUGACUUUGUUGACUGAAGAAAUCUACCAGGCAGUUCCAAGAGAAGUCUUGGCCCAUGUUUCCUUGGCUGGGGCCGGCGUUGCCUGGCCAACUGGACUGAGGGUCCACGCGGACAACGCGCCCUCAGAGACCAAAAAUCAGUACUGCUUCUAUUGGGGUGCAUGGAUGCUGGACCUUGGAUUAUUCAACCAGGUUUCCUUCACCUUCUACAUGAAGGGACAUUCCCAUGGCCUACCUGACCAACGAUUUUCGGAGCUUCGAGAUGCAUUGCAGAAGGCAUCUUGGAUCGAGGACCUGCAGUCUUUCCGGGAUAUCAUUGAGGGCUGUGUCCAAGGAAGGCAGGGCCGUCGACUGAGGACGAGACAUGUCUCAUCCUUGUAUGAUUACAAGGGCUUCUUUGAUUCCUUGGAGACAGUCUUGUCUGGCCAUGUGCAGACUGCAGCCAAUAACAAGAAGAACCUCCAGGCAUGCCACAGCUUCAUGCUUUGCAAGCGCCGGGUGGCAGAGGAUAUGGCAUUGCCCGAGAUUGAGAGCUUCUUCUCCGACCCACCACACCCAGAUGACAUCAUUAUGAUCACAAAGCUGCACAUGAGCUCGGAUGAGAUCAGCCAAGCAUGUGCCUGA